GCAGUUCCCAGGCGUCUGCGGGCGCGAGCACGCCGUGACCCUGCCCUGCGCCGGGGCGGGGGGCGGGGCCUCGCCUGCACAAAUAGGAACGAGGGGACGGGGCGGCCACAAUUUCGCGCCAAUCUUGACAGCGCAUUCUGGUUUAAUGAGCGAGCUCGGAGGUGCUCCAGCUGCUGUCAUGGUUCGUUCGCUAAACUGCAUCGUCGCUGUGUCCCAAAACAUGGGCAUCGGCAAGAACGGGGACCUGCCCUGGCCGCCGCUCAGGAAUGAAUUCAGAUAUUUCCAGAGAAUGACCACAACCUCUUCAGUAGAAGGUAAACAGAAUCUGGUGAUUAUGGGUAAGAAGACUUGGUUCUCCAUUCCUGAGAAGAAUCGACCUUUAAAGGGUAGAAUUAAUUUAGUUCUCAGCAGAGAACUCAAGGAACCUCCAGAAGGAGCUCAUUUUCUUGCCAGAAGUCUGGAUGAUGCCUUAAAACUUACUGAACAACCAGAAUUAGCAAAUAAAGUAGACAUGAUUUGGAUAGUUGGUGGCAGUUCUGUUUAUAAGGAAGCCAUGAAUCACCCAGGCCAUCUUAAACUAUUUGUGACAAGGAUCAUGCAAGACUUUGAAAGUGACACGUUUCUUCCAGAAAUUGAUUUGGAGAAAUAUAAACUUCUGCCAGAAUACCCAGGUGUUCUCUCUGAUGUCCAAGAGGAGAAAGGCAUUAAGUACAAAUUUGAAGUAUAUGAGAAGAAUGAUUAAUAUGAAGGUGUUUUCUGGUUUAAGUUGUUCCCCCUCCCUCUAAAAAAAGUAUGUAUUUUUACAUUAGAAAAAAAGUAUUUUGUUGACUUUAGAUCUAUAAUUAUUUCUAAGCCACUUGUUUUUAUUCCUCACUACUCUUGACUCUAUCAGAUACCAUUUAUGAAACAUUCUUGCUAUAAAUAAGUGCUUCUCCAAAACCCUGACUGAGUCCCCAGCACCUGCUACAGUGAGCUGCCUUUCCACACCCAUCACAUGUGACACUCUUGCCAGUCCUUGACAUUGUCGGGCUUUUCAAAUGUUGGUAGUAUUUAUUAAAGAUGAAGAUCCACAUACCCUUCAA